UGUCAUUCGCGUUUUCUCCCAGUUUGCAAUGUUUCACUCAUGUUCCGUCAGUUUCCUUUUCCCUGAAGCACCCCUCCGGACUUCACACUUCUCGCCUGCUUCCGCUGGCCGAGAAGGCUUUUGCAUACCUUCAUGCUCGUCAGCCCCGCUGCGAGUGACCAUUAUUGCUCCACAGUUUCCUUCCGUGUUGUCCUUUCUUAGCGAAGAAAAAUCUCGAUCCCUUCCACGUACUUUCUCCCUCCUUCUUUCCAUUUCAGUCCGGUGGAGAAAUUUUUGCGUGAAACACAGGGGGAAUCGUUCCGCGUUUCGAGGAGUUCGCGUGCUGUUGUGGAAGCUGAGCCCCCAGCUGCCCUCUAGAGGGAACUUCCUUGAAAUUGUUGAAGCAUUUCCCGUUAUUUGGCCUCCCGUCCAUUUCCCGUCUUGAGUUCUGGGUUCUUCUGCAACAACGGCAACUGCCUGAUACGAUUGUCCUCAAAGUUCUAUAGUAAAUGAGGGUUCCCGCGCGCCACCCCCCUUCCAGUCUCGCGAGUAAAGCGGCAACGCCAUGGGGAUCAUCUUGGUGUGCGAUGCUCGUGUAUCCGGCCCUUCAUGGUCUUUUACUGUUCCCGAUUAUUUUUAGCGGUGCCUUCUUAACUGGAUUUAUCCCCUGAGAAGGCGAGGGAUACGUUCUCCCCACUGUUGCUCCAAGGGUUUCCCGGAUAUCACAGCCAGAGACUUUUUUUUAACGCCCUCCUUGCAGUCUCGCGCGAUGCCUCUGCUUCCGCCCGAGCAACUGUGCGUCUCAUCCUGUUUUCUGGUUCUGG